GUUGAGUUAACAUUCGUUUGCUUCGCUCGCAAUGAAGCUUAUUGAAUAUGAGUUAUAAUUCUGAAAAAUCUCCGCUUAUACACUUCCUUGUAGUAUUAGCACUACUUCUAGUUUUGGCUUUACUUAUCACGCCAGUUUUUUGGUCUUUCAUUGCAAUCAUCCACAUUUUUGUUUCGAUCCUUCAGCUUAUAGCUAAGUUCUGUACGUCGUCUGUUGGAAUAUUAUCGCUUAUUGCAAAACGUGCUCUUAAAGCUGGCUCAUCCUGUGCAAAUACUAAUGGCUAUCGUGAUGUUGUGAGAAAUAUAAAUGGAGUACAAAUACAUUUAGUCCUCACAAUUGGUGUUGGCUUCGGUGCGCACAGAUUCUACAAUCUAGUUGAAGAACGUCCAAAAUUCCGUCUUCAAUUAUAUAUACCCGAUGAACCAGAAAUCAUGCCAAGAAAAGAACAAUCCGGGAUGAGAUUGAAGACGCAAUCUCUACCCAUUUAUAUUAGGUAUAGACCACAUGUGCCAUCACCACUCGGACCUAAUUAUAUCGUAGAAUGGAAAGAAUUAAUAGAUUUUUAUCUUUCUAAAAGAUACGCCUCGGGAAUUUCAAAUGGAACAAGAUUGUCUACAACAAAAGAAAUUAGUGAAUUAAUCGUUCGAUCUAACAAGAAUACACGUGGCUUUAGCGAAAAGAGAGUUGACAUCCACAAUGUAAAGGAAUUUGAUUCUAUCGAGAUUCCUGGAGUAAACCCUUGGAUCAAUGAGACAAGAAAUAAGGUGGUUCAACAAAAGAGAAACAAUUUAAGCCCCCAGGAGACUUUAAAUGCGGCUCGCGCACAACUUAAGCUUCUAUUAAGAAGUCACAAGAAGCGAUGCAACUGUUAAACAUAAAUUUUCUCUGUUUAUAUAUUUCGGAAAAAAAAAUUAUUUUCUCCGCAGAAUAUAAUCUUGAUAAUUUAGAAUAAUAUAGAAUAGAAUUUAGAAUUCCCUUAUAAAUAAGAGUUGUUCUAGAGCUAUAUCUUUAAGGAUUAUAUCUUAAAAGUAGUUUAUAUUAAUCAUUAAUCUUAAUUCUUUAUUACAAUAGAGAGAAAAGUAAUUAGUAAUUUAAUUAGAUAAUAUUAUAAUAUCACGGGUAAAAACUUAGAGAAAUUAAAAGUUUGAAAAUAAUACAAAUUUCUAAUAAGU